UUCAGGUAGAAAUUUUUAUUUCAUCACAUUUUAGCGCCUAUAUUAGAAAAGAAAGAUUGCAAAUAAGUAACCUAAUGCUACAUGUUUAGGAGACUAAGAAAAAGAACAAACUAAACUUGGUGCCAGUAAAAAAAAGCACAAAAAGCAGCAGCAAGCAAAACACUGAUUCUUUGAACAGCCCAUUGAUAAACCUAGACUGAUUCAGAAAAAAAAGACAAACCCGCAAAUAUCUAAUAUCAGAAACGAAAGUGGAGCGCAGAGCGGUUUGGUUGUUCGUUGGAAGGAGUUCUUCCGUUCGUUGGAAGUUUUUCCCGUAGCUGAGCUAUUGCUGCUCUUUGGGCAGCAGCAGCGGCGCGGCGGUCGGAGAAGCGGCCUAAAACUUCGGCGUUGGGUAAAAGAAAAUGGCUCGAACCAAGCAGACUGCUCGGAAGUCAACGGGUGGGAAAGCGCCCCGCAAGCAGCUGGUCACAAAAGCAGCCAGGAAAAGCGCCCCCUCUACCGGCGGGAUGAAGAAACCUCAUCGCUACAGGCCCGGGACUGUUGCGCUUCGAGAAAUCCGUCGUCACCAGAAAUCCACCGAGCUUCUGAUCCGGAAACUGCCUUUCCAGAGGCUGGUGAGGGAGAUCGCCCAGGAUUUCAAAACUGACUUGCGGUUCCAGAGUGCCGCCAUCGGUGCGCUGCAGGAGGCUAGCGAAGCGUACCUGGUGGGCUUGUUUGAAGAUACUAAUCUGUGUGCCAUCCACGCUAAGAGAGUAACCGUCAUGCCCAGAGACAUCCAGUUGGCUCGCCGGAUACGGGGAGAGAGAGCUUAAGUGAAGGCGGUUUUUAUGGUGUUUUGUAGUACAUUUCUGUAAAAUACUUUGGUUUAAUUUGUGCCUUUUUUUGGUAAGAAAUUGUUUAUAAUAUGUUGCAUUUGUACUUAAGUCAUUCCAUCUUUCUCUCAGGAUGAAGGCGAAAAGUGACUGUUCACAAACCUGAGUGAUGUGAGCACUGUUGCUAAGGGGUGACAAGUUGCUAAUAUGCAGAAGGGAUAGGUGAUAUUUCUUGCUUCUCAUGAUGCACGUUUCUGUGUUAAUGAUUUGUUGAGUAGCUAUUAAGGUACUAGAAUUGAUAAAUGUGUACAGGGUCCUUUUGCAAUAAAACUGGUUAUGACUUGAUCCAAGUGUUUAACAAUUGGGACUGUUAAGUCUGACCAUAAAUCACUGUUAGAAUGUGGGCGUUUUCAGGAGCAAAGAUAUAAGUCUUAACCACAGUGUAACUUACAAUUUCCUUUAAAAAAAAAAAACCUGGCAGCUAUAGAAUACACUAUAUGCAUUUAUAAUAGCUAUUUUAUAUAUUGUAGUGUCAACAUUUUUCAAUUAAAUGUUUUACAUUGA